UAGUUAAUAAGUUUUUUUAAAUUAUUCAAGUUGAGGGAAAGAAAGAAAAUCUUGUAUUUUUGUACUGUUGCAAAGUUAUUGAUUAUAUUGGGCCACAAUUACUCAUACAAUCCCGACGAUGUUUUAUUGUAUAAAUUUGUAUUCUAGAACGAAAUAACCAAGACAUGAAGGUAAUGUGCCUGGUUGGGGCUGAUCGGGCUACCUUCUCUGCCGGACAUGUGUCGGGCUACCUUCUCUGCCGGACAUGUGUUUAAACUUACCGCCUUUAUUCUUCUCGGCCACUAGAGAGAGUGUUUUAUGUCGAUGGCAAGAGGAGAGUUGUCGGAAAGUAAGAAUUCCGAUUUAUUUGGACCGUGACAGAUGGAAGUGUGCGUCGAUAACGUUUUUUCCGUGUUGAACGCCGCCGCGGGGGGUGCGUGCCGUCUCGAGGUGUGUUCCGCCCUUUCGGAAGGCGGACUGACACCGACCCCGGCCCUCCUGGCGUUCUGCAAGAAUCGAACGUCCAUCCCCGCAUUCUGCAUGGUAAGGCUGAGGGGAGGAGGCUUCGUCUAUAGUUCGGACGAAGUGGCCGUUAUGGCCGAGGAUGCGGCGACGCUCGUCGGUUACGGCGCAGACGGCCUUGUCUUCGGCGCUCUCAACGCGGACCGGACGGUCGAUGAGGACGCCUGCAGAAGGAUAGCCGAGGCGGGAGGCGUUCCUCUCACCUUCCAUAGAGCGUUCGAUGAAGUGGCGGACCCGUGGGCGGCCCUUGAUACGGUCGCCGACCUUGGCUUCAAAAGGAUCCUGACAAGCGGACAACGCAAGACGGCGGCUGAAGGGCUUCCGCUACUCGAAUGGCUCUCAAAGAAUGACCGGAUACCCAUCAUGCCGGGCUCUGGGGUCAACGUGUCCAACCUGGGUGAGAUACUCCGCAGGACCGGAGUCUCAGAAUUUCAUGGUUCUGCAGCUGCCGAGGUUGAAACUGGGGGCGGGCUGCUCAGGGUGACAGACUCAAGACAAGUCAAGGAUAUGGUCGCCAUUUACAAUUCUUUCAGAAAUCAAACAAUGUGAUAAGUACCUAAUAAUCGUUGUAAAUUUCAUAUAAAAUAUAAUUUUUUGACUUAUU